UCGCCAUCAUCAUCAUCAUCGCCACCAUCAUCGCCACCAUCAUCACCACCAUCACCAUCAUCACCACCAUCAUCGCCACCAUCGCCAUCAUCAACAUCAUCACUAUCAUCAUCGCCAUCAUCAUCACCAUCAUCAUCAUCAUCAUCGCCAUCAUCAUCAUCACCAUCAUCAUCAUCAUCAUCGCCAUCAUCAUCGCCAUCAUCAUCGCCAUCAUCAUCAUCAUCAUCGCCAUCAUCAUCAUCAUCAUCAUCGCCAUCAUCAUCAUCAUCAUCAUCAUCAUCGUCGCCAUCAUCAUCGCCAUCAUCAUCAUCAUCAUCA